AUGACCUCACAUUACAGCGAGAUCGUCAGCUCGUGUGACCCCAUCAUUGAACUCUUACAGUUAGAGGCCGGAGCGGUGUGCGAGAUGAAUGGCGCCGAAGAUGGAGGGAUGAAGCAUUACGGUCGGCGAGCUGAAGCCAUCAGGAAGCGGUGGAAGAACACAAUGAACCUCCUGGACGCCGAGAGUACCAAGCGGGAGUGGCUUGUGGGCGCGGAUGACUGCACGGUCGAAGAGCUCACUGACUGUUUUCCUGCCUACGACACAGCAGCGUACACGAGUGCGGCGGCGGCUCAGCUUCAGGCGAUCUACAGGCAAUUGACCGGAAUGAUCGCUAGAGAGGUAUAUCGCCCCUGCGUUGUCAGAUCCGCCUCCAUCGAAAAGAGCCAUGCCAAGGAUGAUAUCCCAAGGCUGGGCCAAUCGAUGGUGGGUGGGCUGGACGUUCUUGACAGCCACCUGAUCACGGCAGCUGCGACGUUUGCCGAGAGUCUGCAGGAGUGGAAGACCGACCUGACCUCAAAUCCGGUGAUGUACGACUUCGAUCGGGAGCCGUAUCACCACGGGGUCUUUCGAGAUGCGCUGGCUUACUUUGCCGCAUCCCAGUCAAACCAGACUCUGAGGAGAGCAGACUUCUAUGGAAAGUGGCCGAAGAGGGUGCAGGACUGA